GCCAGGGGCACCGCGGUCCCAGGGGGGCUUUUGCGGCCGCUCCCUGCCUUUCCCUCAAGCUCCAGAAAUGGAAACAAACAACCAUUUUAACUUCACUGGCCUUUCUUCUGCACCCGCUGCCUCAGGACCGAAACCCACGCCUGCCUCAGGGGACAGCCCCUUCGCCCACGGCUCCCCGCUCAGCUUCCCCCCGCAAGGGAAAAGUCUGAACGGGGGCAUGAAUGUCAAUGGCUUCUCUACUGUAUCUCACCCCAGUACUUCAGGGACCUUCACCCCCAGCUCACCGCCCGCCGGCACGCCGCCCCUCCGCACCUACGACUGCCUCUGGGACUACACGCCGUACCCCCCCGCCGGCGGCCUCAAGGACGGCAGCUCCGCUGCCCCCCCCCUCUCCAGCCUUGGACAGUUCCCACUCAACGGCGUCACCGGGGGGUCCCGGCCGGCAUCCCCGGGGCACGGCACUAACCUGCGGGGUGCCGGGCAGGAGUUCUGGGGCAACGGCACCCCCGGCCCCAUGGGGCUGAACUUUGACUCGCAGGAGCUGUACGACUCCUUCCACGACCAGAGCUUCGAGCUGAUGCAGAACGGGCCGGCCAGCUUCUACACGGCCACCCAGCCCUCGCCCAUGCUGGGCUCCGGCACCCAGCCCUUCUCGCUGCCGCCGGAGGAGCCGGGCGCUGGCGACGGAGACGCCGAUGCUGCAGCCAAAGAGAUCCCCCCCGCCAUCGCGGAGAACGGGGGUGGGCUGGUGGGCAGCAUGGAGCUGGAGGAGGCACAGCCAGACUUGAAGAUCUGCAGCUACAACGGGUCUGCCCCCGGCGCGGUGCCGCUGGGGCAGGAGGGGCCCGUCCUGGCUCCCGGCGUGGGCAGCGCCUGCCUGGGGGACACGUCGCCCAUCGCCCCUCGGCUGGAGGACACCCACAUCCUCAGCGAAGACCCCCUGGAGCCCUUUGAGUCCUUGGCCAGAGACCCCGGCACCGGGGACCUCUACGCGAUGGACGACUCGCAGCUGGUGACCGACAAGUCCCCCCUCGAGGACCCCCCCGACCUGCCCGGCCUACGCUGCGCCGCCAGCCCCCCCCUCCACGCCGCCGGCCCCUUCGGCCUGCUGCCCGCCAGCCCCCCACCCGCCCCGCUGCUCGCCGGCCCGGCCUCGCCGCCCGUCCUGCACGACAGCAGCAUCGACCUCAACGGCGGCAGCAGCCACGUGGGGCUGGAGGAGUCGGGGUCCCUGGAGCUCAACCCUCCGCUGGAGCCGGAGUCCCCGGCCCCGUCCGCGGAGGAGGAGGAGGAGGAGGAGGAAGAGGAGGAAGAGGCUGCCGACAGCUGUCCGGAGAUUUCGGCCGCGCCAGAAGCAGGGAGCGAGGAGGCUGCCCCACGCAGCACGUCAGCGGCGGGUGAUGUCCCCCGCCGGCGCAUCGCCACGCAGGAGGAGGUGCGCUUUCCCCUGCAGCACGGGUGGAGGCGGGAGGUGCGGAUCAAGAAGGGGAACCACCGCUGGCAGGGCGAGACCUGGUACUACGGGCCCUGUGGGAAGAGGAUGAAGCAGUUCCCGGAGGUGAUCAAGUACCUGAGCAGGAACGUGGUGCAGGACGUCCGGCGUGAGCACUUCAGCUUCAGCCCCCGUAUGCCGGUGGGAGAUUUCUAUGAGGAGCGGGACACGCCGGAGGGUCUGCAGUGGGUGAAGCUGAGCCCCGAGGAGAUCCCCUCGCGCAUCCAGGCCAUCACGGGCAAGCGCGGGCGACCCCGCAAUGCCGAGAAGGUGAAGCCCAAGGAGCCGCCGGCUGCGAAACGCGGCCGGGGCCGGCCUCCCAAGGUCAAGAUGGUCGACUUGCUGAGCAAGACGGACGCACGGCUGCUGAAGAGGCUGGAAGCCCAAGAGGUGCUCAGCGACGAGGACAAGCUGAAAAUGAGCAAAAUCAAGAAGAAAAUGAGGCGGAAGGCCAAGAACAAGCAGAAGCAGGAGGCCAAAGCCCCCAGAGCGAAGGAGGCCAAGAAGAAGUCCAAGGUCAAGGAGAAGAAAGGAAAACCGGAGAAGGGCAAAGACAAAGUGCGGCCCAAGGAGAAGAAGGGCAAAGGGGCUCGCAAGGCGGACAAGGGCCUGGUGGCCCAGCGGCGUCUGGAGGAGCGGCGGCGGCAGCAGCUCAUCCUGGAGGAGAUGAAGAAGCCCACGGAGGACAUGUGCCUGGGGGACCAUCAGCCCCUGCCAGCCUUCUCCCGCAUCCCGGGCCUCAUCCUGCCCAGCCGCACUUUCUCCAACUGCCUGACGGUCGUGGAGUUCCUCCAGAGCUACGGCAAGGUCCUGGGCUUCGACCCGGCCAAGGACGUGCCCAGCCUGUGCGCGCUGCAGGAGGGGCUGCUGGGGGUGGGCGACAGCGCCGGCGAGGUGCAGGAUCUGCUGGUGCGGCUGCUGCAGGCUGCGCUCUACGACCCCGGGCUGCCGCCGUACUGCCAGUCCCUGAAAAUCCUGGGGGAAAAGGUGUCGGAGAUCAGCCUGAACCGCGACACCGUCUCCGAGAUCCUGCGCUGCUUCCUGACGGCGCACGGGGCGGGCGAGGACCUGUGCGACGGGCUGCGGACCAAGCCCUUCCAGGCGCUGCCCCCGGAGAAGAAAGCCGCCAUCCUGGCCUUCCUGGUGAACGAGCUCAACAGCAGCGCCCUCAUCAUCAACGAGAUCGACAAGACCCUGGAGAACAUGUCCAACUACAGGAAGAACAAGUGGAUCAUCGAGGGCCGCCUGCGCAGGUUGAAGGUCGCCCUGGCCAAGAAGACGGGUCGCCCCGAGUCGGAGAUCACGGGCCUGGAGGACGGGCGACGCCGGCGCAGCUCCCGCCUGACCGAGGAGACGGGCCUGGAGAUGGAGGAGGAGGAGGAGACCCGGGGACGGAAAUCCCGCAGGGAGGAGGAGGCUGACACCUCUGCAUCCAGCGUCCCUGAGCUCGAGAGGCAGAUCGAGAAGCUGGCCAAGAGGCAGAUGUUCUUCCGCAAGAAGCUGCUCCAUUCCUCGCAGACGCUGCGAGCGGCUUCUCUGGGCCAGGACCGGUACCGGCGGCGGUACUGGGUCCUGCCCCACCUGGGCGGCAUCUUCGUGGAGGGCGCAGAGGUGGCUGAGCCGGCACCCCAGGAACCCCCGGAGGAGAAGGCGUCCCCCCACGUCUCCCCGGUGAAGGAGGAGCCCGUGGAUGUGCCCAUUCCCAGCCGGACAAACUGCACAGCCUCGCGCUCCCGUGGCCGGCCCCGGAAGAGCAAAGAAGAGCUGUCGCAGCACUGCGGGCCCAGACCCCCCCCUGUCAAUGGGGUCCUGGAGGAGUCGGUGCCCCUGGGGCAGAGCCAGCACGACCUCAGCCAGUCCGCCUUCCUCUCCUGGCUGAGCCAGACGCAGUCGUCCCUGCUCAAGGACUCCGUCCUCACCCCAGACAGCAGCCCCGGCAAGGGGGACACAGGGCUGCCGCCGCUCGAGGCCCCAUCGGACCCCGAAGAGGAGGAAGAAGAGGAGGAGAGCGCUCCAGAGGCUACAGAAAAGCGGGGACCCUGGUUCAACCUGCUGCCCCGGACGCCCUGUGACGACCGAGCUCCCCUCGCUACCUCCUCCGCCGAGCCCUCGCCACGAGCCGCCGUGCAGCCCCGUGGCCAGCCCCGCGGCGAGCUGCCCAAGGGCUCGGCCAGGCAGCUGAACGGUCUCCCUGCGGACGACCCCACGGCUCCCCUGCUCGCUUCCACGCCGGUGCACGCCGGCGCCAGGGCCCACGGCGCUUGCCCCAGGAGCCGGGGCAGCCUGGAGAAGCUUCAGGACCUGCCGGGGCAGCCCAAGCGCCGGGGACGGCCCCCUACCAAAUUCUUCAAGCAAAUUGAACAGAAAUACUUGACGCAGCUGACGGAGCAGCCUGUUCCCCCUGAGAUGCAGAGCGGGUGGUGGUGGGUGCAGGACCCUGAGGAGCUGGAGGCGGUGGCUCGCGCGCUGCACCCGCGGGGCAUCCGGGAGAAGGCGCUGCACAAGCACCUCACCAAGCACAAGGAGUUCCUGCGGGAAGUCUGCCUGCGCACCACCACCGACCCCAUCUUCCACCCGCGCCCCGAGGCGGCCGGCGCCGCCGUGUCUCAGGAAGCCCUGGCCCAGUGGUCGGUGAUGGAGAGAGCCUACGAGACCGACCUCUCCGUCCUGCAGUGGGUGGAGGAGCUGGAGCAGCGCGUGCUGAUGGCAGACCUGCAGAUCCGGGGCUGGACGUGCCCCAGCCCCGACUCCACGCGGGACGACCUGCAGUACUGCGAGCACAAAGUGGAACCCCUGGAAGACAUCACGGUCCGGAGCCGGCGGGACGGGCUGCCGCUGUGCCGGGAGCGCACCAACCCCCUGGACCUGGCGGUGCUGCGGCUGGCGGCGCUGGAGCAGAACGUGGAGCGGCGUUACCUCAAGGAACCGCUCUGGCCCCUGCACGAGGUGGUGGUGGAGAAAGCGGUGCUGAGCAACCCCGAGGAGCUGAGCAUGGGCCCCACCGAGAUAGCCUACGAGAUCACUCCCCGGGUCCGGACGUGGCGGCAGACGCUGGAGCGGUGCCGCAGCGCGGCCCAGGUCUCCCUCUGCAUCUACCAGCUGGAGAAAUCCAUCGCCUGGGAGAAGUCGGUCAACAGAGUGACCUGCCUGGUGUGCCGGCGCGGGGACGACGACGAGCAUCUGCUGCUGUGCGACGGCUGCGACCGCGGCUGCCACCUCUAUUGCCACCGGCCCAAGAUGACGGAGGUGCCCGAAGGCGACUGGUUCUGCUCUGUCUGCGUCUCCCGGGCAGGGGAGUACCGGGACCCCGUCUCGCCCCGGCGAGGCAAGAAACGGAAACGGGGGCGUCUCUUGGGGGGGAGCCUGGUGGAGGAGGAGGAGAGCCCGCGGCGCCGGCCGGCCUCGCGCCGACGCGAGGGGCUGCCCGUACCCCGCUACGGGGGCGAGGGGCUGUCCCCCGCCAAGCGAAGGGGCGCGACGCUGCGGGGCCAACCCACCGACUUGACCUUCUGCGAGAUCAUCCUGAUGGAGAUGGAGUCACACGAGGACGCUUGGCCCUUCCUGGAGCCCGUCAACCCCCGCCUGGUCCCCGGCUACCGCAAGAUCAUCAAGAACCCCAUGGACUUCGCCACCAUGCGCACGCGGCUGCUGCGGGGAGGGUACUCGAGCUCGGAGGAGUUUGCGGCUGACGCGAUGUUGGUGUUCGACAACUGCCAGACUUUCAACGAGGACGACUCGGACGUGGGGAAGGCCGGGCACGCCAUGCGCAAGUUCUUCGAGAGCCGGUGGGAGGAGUUUUAUCAGGGAAAACACGCUACUAACCCGUGAGCGGGGCGGCACACACCCACACCCCACCCCACCCCCGCGCCCCACCCCCCCCACCCGGCCGGGGCUGGGGUCCCCCCGUCCCCCCAAGAACUGACUCCUCUGGAGCUGAUCUCGCUGCCUGCUGAUCCCACGCCGGGGGGGGGGGGGCUCCCCCCCAGGCCGGCACGAACGGGCCCCCCCCCCCCCCCCCCGCCCCACGGCGGGCACCUGCGGCCCCAUUCUGCUGCCCAGAACCCCCAACACACCUCCCCCCCCGCCCCCAACACCACAAACUCACAGACUGUGUAAGCCAAAAAGAAAAAAAAAAGAGGUGUUUUUUUCUUUCUUUCUUUUAAAUUUUAUUUUCUAAUUAAGAACAGAAACAGCCCCCCCCCCCCUCCUCUUCCCACCCCCCUCCCCCCCACCCCCCCCAAACGAGGGAAGCGAAUCCCCCCCGCUGGGAAUAUUUAAUAAUAGCAAUAGUUCGUAGUGAAUGUGUCCGAGCACUCCUGUGCAGCGUCUACAUGCAUUAACGGCCAGUAAAGUGGACUUAGCCCCCCCCCACCCCGGCCGGGACCCCCCCCGCCCGCGCAGACACUUUACGGGGAGGGGGGCCCCCGGUGCAGCCCCCCCGCUGCCCUCGGACCCCCUGUCCGCGGCCGGGGCGGGUGCCGGCCCCUCCCCACCUGGCUCCAGGGACCAAACUGGGGAGGGCGGGGGGGCCCCGCAGCCCCUUUCCCUGCCUCCACGUCUCAGGAAGAGCCCGGCCCCCCCCCCCUCCCCAGCAAGAGGACCCCCCCCCCCGGGGCUGGGCCGGGGUCCUGGCUGCCCCCGCCCCCGACUGGGAUCCCUCAGGGACGCUACUGCAGGCCCGGGGGGGGGCCCAGCCCCCUGCCCCCCCCCCCCCCAUGGACUUGAAGCCUCAGGCGGGUGUUUGCCCCCCAGACCACUGCUGGCUCGGGGGGGGGUUGCACUGGGUGGGGAGGGGGCCCCCCCCCCCCCCCCCGGCUGGCGGGGGCCUGAACUGGGGCAAGGGUGUCGUGUGUGUCCCCCCCCCCGCAGUGGGCAGCCAGGGAGGGGGCUGGGGCCCCCCCAACCCCCCCGGCCAGGAUAUUACGGGUACUCGCUCUGGGGGUUCGGCGGCCGGCGGGGCCGUGGGGGGGGCCCUGGGCGCGUCCCCUCCCCGGCCCCACAGAGCACUGAAAACAACUCACCUACCUGGGCAGGAGGGGGCCCCGGCCGCGCCCCCCGCCCCCCCCGUCUCUCAAAGUAGCCUUUUUUCUAUCAGAUAACCUCAGAAACUUUUUAUUUUAUUUUAUUUUUUUGCUUUGAAAUAAGAGGUGGAUUUGAAGUCUAUUUGAACUGACUUUAUAUUACGCAUAAAUAUUUAUAUUUUAUCUAAAUAACUGCGCUGUAACAAACUUUUUUUGUGGUUUGUUUUUUAGUAAUGUUUCAGAUCCGUCAGGUUUUUUUCCGUCGUGGGAAAGUUUUCGGGAGUCUCCGUAUUGUUCUCGUGUUCGUUCAGUUGAAGUUCCCCCCCCACACACACACCCCCCCCACCACCACCACCCUGGUUUGACACCCCUCUACCCUUCCACCCCCAAAAGCCCCCCCACGGCCGGUGCCCACCCAACCGCCCCCCAGCCUCCCCCAGGCCCGGGGUGUGGGGUGGGGGGGCCGGGGCCAUUUCUCUGUGACCACCCCCCACCCCCAGCCCUGGUACCCCCCCGGCUGGGGGCUGCGGCAUCACCAGGAGCAUCGUGUGUUCCCCCCCCCGGCUGCGGCCCCUUCCAGCCCGCCGGCCGCCUUUUCUAUAACCAGCCGUGUCGUUUUAGUGACUUUUUGAUAAUGUACAGGUUUUGUGAAUUUAAAUUUAUUUCUUUCUAUAUUUUUAGGACCAAUCUCAUUUUUAAUAAGGUUUAAAGGAGGGGAGGCAGCCUCUGGCCCCCCUCCCUGUUGCCUGUUGAUGUCCCCACGAGCUGUAGGACCCCGCGUGUCGCGUUCGAGAAUAAACAACUCACGUUUGAUAGACA